AUGAGCGCUGCGAGGAUCCUGAGUUCCCGCCAUUUCCGCUACACUGCGCUUGCAGCUGCAACGUGUGCUGGAUGUCACAGCGCAACUCGACGAACAUGUGUCGCCAAACUCGACAGCCCCUCCCGACCAGUUCUCCCUCAAGAUGCAAACCUAGUCGCAUACGGACGGCGUAUGCAAAGCCACUUUUCUCACGAAGACCAUGAACACGAGCAUGCCGCGAAACGAGGAGACGCCGAUGCCAUUGGGAAGGCUAAUGACCCAGACCACUACACUCCAGGUUUUGAGGACGAUGACCAGACUUCCUGGUCUGCCUUCUCGCGGAAUUUCAACAGUAUUCGAGAAGGAAUCGCCAGGCUAGAAUGGAGUGCUCUGGGUGAUAAGAUUACUGAUUUUGUCAUUCCGGCCUGGGCAAAAGGCCUCCCAGAUGCUUUUCAGAAGUUACAAGCAGAACUGUCAAUGCAGCCGGGAUCAUUGGCUGAUGAGAUAUGGCAAGAGGCGCAAGAUCCCUCGAUCAAUCCUGAGAUACUGUGGAGUGCGACCGUACGCGUUGGCGAUACUCUCGGCAAAGAUGAGCUUGAGUUUCGUCGCAAAAGGAGGCAACACGUCGUUAAAGCAUUGGCUAAAUACCUGGAUAUAGAUGAAAAAGACAUACAUCCUGAUGAUGUGCCUACUAUUGCCAUGUGUGGUAGUGGCGGUGGUUUGCGUGCGAUGGUUGCGGGAACGAGCAGCUACCUGUCCGCCCAAGAGGCUGGCUUGUUUGACUGUGUGACAUACACUGCUGGCGUCAGCGGGAGUUGCUGGCUACAGACACUUUUCUAUUCGUCUCUUGGGAAGCAGGACCAUCGGGCCAUCUUAAAGCACUUGAAGUCCCGGCUAGGCACACAUAUCGCUUUUCCUCCGCCAGCUCUGAAGCUUGUCACGAGCGCACCAACAAACAAAUUCAUCCUCAGCGGCUUCGUUGAAAAGCUCAAGGGUGACCCCGGCGCAUCCUUUGGCCUGGUCGAUAUUUACAGUUUGCUUCUUGCAGCUCGACUUAUGAUCCCUCGUGGUGACCUUGACGUGCACGACUACGACUUGAAACUAUCCAACCAGCGUGCAUAUAUUGAACAUGGGCGAUACCCAAUGCCUAUCUAUACUGCAGUCAGACACGAAAUACCGGUGGACGAGGAAGAAAGAGAUCAGGCCAAAGACAACCUAGCUUUGAAACAGAAAAUAAAAGAAAAGGCGCGAAAAGAAGCUUGGUUUCAAUGGAUAGAAAUGCAUCCCUGGGAAAUCUGGUGCGAAGAGUUUGGAGCUGGUAUUCCCACUUGGAGUUUGGGCCGACCUUUCAAUGAAGGGAGAAACCUGGUCCUUGACACAGGCGUUGCGUUGCCUGAAAUUCGACAAAGUCUUCUGCUCGGUAUCUGGGGUUCCGCAUUUUGUGCGACUCUUUCGCAUUACUACAAAGAGGUCAAACCCGCUUUGGCAGGCAUAGUCGGAUUCGGAGGUCUAGACGGCCUGAUAGAGGAAAAGAACGACGACUUGAUCAAGAUACACCCCAUCGAACCAGCCACUGUGCCUAACUUCGUCUACGGCAUGAAGGACAAAUUACCAUCCACUUGUCCCGAGUCCGUCUUCAAGAGUGACCAUCUUCAACUCAUGGAUGCGGGAAUGAGCAACAAUCUUCCAAUUUACCCUCUCCUGCGACCAGGACGAGACGUCGACAUCCUCGUCGCCUUCGAUGCUUCGGCUGACAUUCAAAAAGAAAACUGGCUUUCUGUUGUCGAUGGGUACGCCAAACAGCGAGGCAUCAAAGGAUGGCCGGUAGGCGCAGGCUGGCCAAAACCUUCCAGCAAACCUAAGGAGAAUGCAGAAGCACUUGCUGAGGCGCAGGCGACAUCGUCACAAGAGGCAGCCAUCAAACUUGCAGCAGCCAGAGAAGAAGAUCGCCAGGAGAAGGCUGAAAUUCCAGAGAAACAAAAACAAGCCCCAAACAAGAAACAGAGCGGCGCCGACGUUCCUGAGAGCCCUACGACCGGUAGAGACGCUGAUGCGACCGCCACCGAACUCGGCGCCUGUAAUGUCUGGGUCGGGACCAAGUCAGAGCGGACCUCCGACGAGGAACCACCGCCGUCGAAGCGUCUGGCGUGGGACAGUCCGGAUGACAGCACCUUCCACCUCGCGCAUCCGGAAGCCGGCAUUGCUGUUGUGUAUUUUCCCUUGCUGCCAAACGACAAGGUGGAGGGCGUGAACCCGGACACGAGCGACUACAUGAGUACAUGGAACUUUAUCUACACGCCAGAGCAAAUUGACAAUGUCGUGCGUCUGGCCAGGGCGAAUUUCGAAGAAGGAAAGGACGUUACAAAGAGAACUGUUCGGGCCGUGUACGAACGUAAAAAGAAGCAGCGCUUGGAGAGGGAGGCUUUGGCGAAGAAUAAACAGUGGAAGAGGCUCGUGCGGAAGGAGAAUGAUCAUUUUGGUACGAGUUGA